CUGGUGCAUGCUAGUCAUGAGCCAGGCGUUUCACGAGACUUUAUCACUGUAGCUGUUUGGUUCUGACUCGCUAGCAACACACAAUUAGCUAAGUGUAGAUUUUGCGUUUGGGGGCGCUCCCCCUCCUCAGAGACCGGGAGGUUCUUCAGGUGGAAUAGAGACCUUAGGUGGAACCGGGGGCCGUAGUAUCACAUUAUAAGCACGCAAGGAAAGGCUUGCGAGCUUUGCUGGGGAGUGGGCUCAGGCCGCACCCAAGAGCGGGAGGGAACACACUUCAUUACCUCGCGGGAGGGGGGUUGCGCUGACCAAUGGGGAGGUUCGCGAAGCCCUCCGCGGGGGGCGGGCCGGAGCAGGGGAAGAGGAGCGCGGCUGACUUCCGGCGCGCAUCGGGCGCUAGAGCUCGAAGCGUGCCGCGAACGUUUUGAGUGCCAGCGGUCAGAGGCCUUGAGUCGACAUUGUGUUGCUCUUACUUGCCUUCUGAAUUCCUGCUUUGCAGACAGCAAUGGCAGCCCGAGUGCUUGUAAUUGGCAAUGGAGGAAGAGAACACGCACUGGCCUGGAAACUUGCACAGUCUAAUCAUGUCAAACAGGUGUUGGUUGCCCCAGGAAAUGCAGGCACUGCCUGCUCUGAAAAGAUUUCGAAUGCUGCCAUUUCCAUCAAUGACUACAAUGCUCUUGCUCAGUUCUGCAAAGAUGAGAAAAUUGAAUUCGUGGUUGUUGGACCAGAGGCACCUCUGGCUGCUGCAGACUUCCCUGCUUUGGUUGUGAAGGCCAGCGGUCUUGCAGCUGGGAAAGGGGUGAUUGUUGCACAGAGCAAAGAAGAGGCCUGCCAAGCCGUGCAGGAGAUCAUGCAGGAUAAAGCUUUUGGAGCAGCUGGAGAAACAAUUGUCAUUGAAGAACUUCUUGAAGGAGAAGAAGUGUCUUGUCUGUGCUUCACAGAUGGAAGGACUGUGGCCCCCAUGCCCCCAGCACAGGACCAUAAGCGAUUGUUGGAAGGAGAUCACGGCCCCAACACGGGGGGGAUGGGAGCCUAUUGUCCAGCACCUCAGCUUUGGCUUGAAAACCACACUGCCAUAACUGUUGUCAUGGCAAGUAAAGGUUAUCCAGGAGACUACACCAAGGGUGUGGAGAUAACAGGGUUUCCUGAGGCUCAAGCUUUAGGACUGGAGGUGUUCCAAGCUGGCACUGCCCUAAAAGAUGGCAAAGUGGUGACUAAUGGUGGCAGAGUCCUUACUGUAACGGCCAUCCGGGAAAAUCUCAUCUCGGCCCUUGAAGAUGCCAAGAAAGGACUAUCUGUUAUAAAGUUUGAGGGAGCCAUUUACAGGAAAGACAUUGGCUAUCGGGCCAUAGCCUUCCUGCAGCAGCCCAGGUAAAUUUCUUACCAAGGGGACUUACUUCUAACUCCAACCAGAAUCUACAGCCGUUCACUGUUACCUGUCUUACGUUCAGGACAUGUCAAAGCCUUUGCCCAUAUUACUGGUGGAGGAUUGCUAGAAAACAUCCCCAGAGUCCUCCCUGAGAAAUUUGGGGUGGUAUUAGAUGCCCAGACCUGGAGGGUCCCCAGCAUCUUCUCAUGGUUACAGCAGGAAGGACAGCUCUCUAAAGAAGAAAUGGCCAGAACAUUUAACUGUGGCAUUGGGGCUGCCCUCGUGGUAUCAAAGGAACUGACAAAGCAGAUUCUAAAGGAUAUUCAGCAGCACCAGGAAGAAGCCUGGGUGAUUGGCAGCGUGGUGGCAUGCCCUGAAGGCUCUCCUCGUGUGAAAGUCAGGCACCUGAUUGAAGCCAUGCAAACAAAUGGACCAAAAUUGCAGAAUGGCACUAUGAAAAGUAAACCAAAUGCCCAGACCUGGAGGGUCCCCAGCAUCUUCUCAUGGUUACAGCAGGAAGGACAGCUCUCUAAAGAAGAAAUGGCCAGAACAUUUAACUGUGGCAUUGGGGCUGCCCUCGUGGUAUCAAAGGAACUGACAAAGCAGAUUCUAAAGGAUAUUCAGCAGCACCAGGAAGAAGCCUGGACNAUUGACCAAGUCCUUGGAGAGUUCUCCACAGACAUAGUCUGUCUUGCAGGAUUCAUGAGAAUUUUAUCUGGCCCCUUUGUCAGAAAAUGGAAUGGGAAGAUGCUGAACAUCCACCCUUCCUUGCUCCCUUCUUUUAAGGGUGCAAAUGCCCACGAACAAGCCCUGGAUGCCGGUGUCACAGUAACG